CGUCGUCCAUGCGUUGCCCAUUUGGACGGUGCAACUGCGAUCGAUUCAGUGCCAUUUCAUCAACGCCAAAUAAUAGUGUUCUCCGGAGAAAGAACUUCAAAGAUGACUUCCAACAUGAAGCACAGCGGUCCGAUGCUGCUCGUUGCACUAUUCCUCGGCAGUGUUUGGGUAGCGGCGUCCGCCAGCAGCACCAGCGCGGUAGAAUGUACUAAGCCGAGAGGAACUGUCUGCAUCAUCCAAGCGCUACCAGCUUUAAAAGGCAACGACAAAACUGCAGUGCAGUUUCCCGAUUUAUCCAGAAGAAAAGUAUUAAAGGUGUUGGAGGGCACACUAAGCAAUCUGUCGGAACCGAUCGCACUGACGCUGACGGUGCGCAUCCUUUGGAUGGAAGAGCUCGGUAUGGAGAAUGCGUUUGUUGCUCCUGGCUUCGAGGAGCUACAUCUUCGUGCUAAUCGACUGACCACGCUGGAAACGAAAAGUGGCAGCAGUUUCGCCUUGAAGUUGCUUGACGUGCGCCAAAACCGGCUCAAGUCCGCUGCCCAGCUGGAACCGUUCGUUCAGCUGGAGGAACUCCACCUGGAUGAUAACCAUUUGGAGCAGCUAGACAUGAGCGUGUUCGCGAGAAUGCCAAACCUGCGCGUGCUGUCAGCGGCAGGCAAUGGUUUGACGCGCAUUGUACCCCCGAUCAGUAUGCUUGUGCUGAACGAACUGGUAACACUGUCCCUGGGACACAACCGACUGUCCUCGAUGGAGAUGAAGCACUUGCAACUUCCUUCGCUGCGGACGUUGCGACUGAGCAACAACAGCCUGGAGGAGCUGGCCGGAUUGGAUGGGUUUGAGCAGUUUUUCGACCUCCAGCAGAUGGAGCUGGCCGGAAAUAGGUGGAGCUGUGGUUGGCUUCUGCAUGCACUCGGCAACAUUACCGUCCGGAGGCCGUCGAGCGAUGCCACUGCCUCAGCCGGUGUUACGCUCGAUGCGGACGCCAACUGCUCGAUCGAGAAGGUGCACGGCAUUUGCUGUAGUAUUACGCCAAUGGCCGGCCAACCGGAGGGCCACCUGUUCGUGCAAGAGAUUGGUCAGGUACGGGUCGCGAUUGAACAGAUUGACCGACGCCACGAAGCGUUCUUGCGCGCUCGAACCGAUACGCUGAACGAGCUGAAGAAAACGCUUCAAACCCAGCUGGACGACCUGCAGUCCUUUUUCGCCGACCAAGAGAACGAAUCGGAACGUGCAGCGGUUCGGGCGACGCAGAUAGUGCAGAAAGAACGUCAACUACGCGACAGAUAUGUGACGGUGAGCUCCGCCACGGGUGAUGCCGAACGCAUCGAGCAGGAACGCAAACGCCUGCUGCAUUUCAUGGUGGACAUGAAGAACCGACUCCUCCGCCAGGCCAUCGAGACGGACAGCCUCUGGGUGCAGGCCAAUGCGGAAAAGGUUAACAUUGAACGGCUGUUUGAGGAGCGGCCCCACCCCACUCCCAGGCCUAAUGUGGAAAGCUUUCAGUGACGAUUGCAAUAAAACAGCUCGAGAGCUUCUUCUCGCUCUCGCUCUUGCUCUCUCUCCCCGAGUGAAGCAAGAACAGAUUAAGAGUAAGAGUG